UUCGAUCGGGCGAGAUCACGGCCUGCCCUGGUCACCGAGUGUGAUGAAAAUCGCGGGUGUGUGCAAGUCAUAACGAAUGUCCCACCGAUGGGGAAUGGUUUAUGACUGAUGAGACAUUCAAGUGGUCUAUGAAAUUCCAGUGUGAGAGAAAGAGGAACCACUCCCCUUGCAAAUCUGCACCUUCCUUCCUUUCCCUCCUCGGUCAUUCCCUGUGCCUGCCCGUCAAGGCUCAUAAGUCUGCGUAUCUACCUUACAAGUCCGCUCGCUUUCCCUUUCCUUUCCUCUCUCUCGAUCCCUCCUCAUCCCUCUUCACCGAAGCUCUCCCCCGCCCCCUGAUCGUCCUCCCCUCCAAUAGACCAGUCAUGUCCGCUGCGAACCCCGGUUAUGCGCCCUCUCCCACCCAGAUGGACUUGACCGAUGACCUCGGUGGUCUCUUUGUCGGCAUGAUAAUCAGCACGAUGCUCCUGGGCAUGGGGCUUGCACAGACGUGGUUCUAUUACCGUACAUUCCCAGAUGAUCCAAUUUUCACCAAGUGGAUGGUAGGGGUCAGCUGCUUCGUCAACGUCUUGCAUGGGAUCAUGCUCCCCAAGUGUAUCUGGUACUGGGUGGUGACAAACUGGGGCAACACGGCGUCGCUCAACUACGUCGACUUCUCGUACAACGUCAACCUCACGCUCACAGGCCUCCUAUCUUUCCUCGUACAGGUCUUCUUCGCGCACAGGAUCUAUAUCCUCUCCCACAGAUCGCUCUUCCUGCCCAUAAUCAUCCUCGUCCUCUCCCUCCUGCAGUUCGCGUUCUCCUUGGCAAGCACGAUCCGCGCAUUCCAGCUCGUACUACAGAGCAGCUUUGGCGUUUUCACGUGGGGUGUUGAUGUCUGGAUGUAUUGUGCCGCUGGGGCGGAUAUCAUCAUCGCUGCGAGUGUGGUGACCUAUCUCCGCCGGGAGGGCAAGGCUGCUUGGGGAGGGACGAAGGGAAUUGUCGAGAAACUUAUCGUCAUUACUCUAGAAAGCAACUUGUUAACGGCGAUCUUGUCUAUCAUUGUGGCCAUCUUGUUCACCACCACCCGCAACGGAUGGCCGAAUGCCAUCAAUUUUGUUGCUGUUCGGAUGUACUUCAUUUCGCUAAUUCGUACUCAGGUGACCACAGCCCGCCAUGAGCUGACCAAGAAGCUGGAGUCGUCUGGAGUAGGUGCUCCUGCAUUCCACAUGUCCCCAGUGAACAUAGGACCCAGAAACCUCGGUGACAACUUGGCAAGCAACAUGCUCAGCGGCGUGCGAAUCAUGUCUCACACUACGACUGAGCUCGAUGAGCCUCUACCCAGAAACGCGGGUCGCAGAAAUGGUAUCAAUCACGUAGAGCUUGGUGUCGCCUCGAAGAUCAACGAAACCGACGAGGUAAAUUGCGAGGAUACGGACACCUUCUAGCCGAAGGUUGACAACACUCUCUAGAACUCUGUACUUGGGGAAUCACCCCCCAAAGGCUCGUUCUGGGUUGCCGACUAGAAGUACGAGCUAUUCUUGCAUAUCGUCUUGGUCUUCGAAGCGGUGCUGAGCGGAUCCACUGAGCUACGUGUCAAACGACCUUCGUAUAUGCGCCAAAAACAAACGGAGGAAGCAUUCUCGUGUUGUCUGGUAAAAUCUUCCUCUCAAGUAAUUACUGUACGAUUCGUAUAUUGUUUGCGGUUAAUAAUGGAAAGCAGUCACA